AUGUCUUUAUGGGUAGACAAAUAUAGGCCAAAGACCUUAUCGCAGCUAUCAUAUCAUGACAACAUAACUCAAAACUUGCGUGCACUUUCUACAUCAGGAGACUUUCCUCAUCUUUUAGUGUAUGGACCCAGUGGAGCAGGUAAAAAGACGAGAAUAUACUGCACUUUACACGAAAUAUUUGGCUCAUCGGUUGAAAAGCUAAAGAUUGAUGUAAAGAACUUUGUAACUACGUCCAAUCGUAAGCUUGAAUUCAAUGUUUUAAGUUCUCCCUACCAUUUGGAAAUCACACCUUCAGAUAUGGGGAACAACGAUCGUGUGGUUAUUCAAGAUUUGUUAAAGGAUGUCGCCUCAACGGAACAAGUUGAUUUUGGGAACCAAAGCAGCAAGAAGCAUCGGUUCAAAGUUGUCAUCAUCAAUGAAGCUGAUUCAUUAAGUAGGGAUGCACAGGCGGCAUUGAGAAGAACAAUGGAAAAGUAUUCGUCAAACAUCAGAUUGAUUUUGGUGUGUAAUUCGAUAUCCAACAUCAUUGCCCCAAUUAAGUCGAGAACUUUGUUGGUGAGGAUCCCUAGUCCUGCAGUUGAAGAUAUCAGCUCAAUCUUGGGCCACGUUGCUGAGAAGGAACGUGUAAAGUUUUCGUCAAGUAACGGCCAAGAAAUAACUCAAUUUUACAGCCAAGUUGCCACAACAAGCAAUAGGAAUUUGAGAAGAUCAUUGUUGGCAUUUGAAACCAUUCACAUGCAAAACGAAACCAUCAAUGUCAAGCAAAUGCAUUCGGUUAUCGUGUUGGACUGGGAGACUGUUAUCAAAAAUAUGGCCAAAACCAUCACCAGUAGUAGAAAUGUGGCAACAUUGGCAAAAUUGAGAACUGUUUCUUAUGAACUAUUAUCACACUGUAUUCCAGCUAGAACAAUCUUGAAGAAUUUAUUGUUUGAAUUGAUAAAUUUAGCCAGAGGAAAAUCAUCAUUGAUACAAGAAAUUGUAAAAAUUGCAUCUACUUUUGAUGAGAGAUUGAGUCUUGGGCAAAAGAGUAUCUUCCAUUUGGAAGGCUUUGUGGCAAAGACAAUGGUUGCAAUUGACAACUACAGCUAA